GCCUGCCGAUUCACCUGAAAACAAAAAACGCGCUCCUCUAGGUGCCAGGAGAGCUCCAGGAUUAAAACCCAAGAGCGCGGCCCCGCAGGCGGCGGGGCGGGCGCUCUCACAGGCCUCCUCUCAGGCGGGAGCUAGGGGAGGAGGCAGAGCCAGCAGUCCACGCCCCCCAGCUGACAGCACUCCACGAAGACGUGCAGCCACCCGAACGGCCUCACGGAGCGUGGCUGUCGCGGUGGGCCUACGCCUUGGGGCGCCAGAGCACACCUCGUCCGAACGAAACCGAAGGACCGCGGUUGGACCGCAGGGUGACGGAACCCGGCGCGGGUACAGCUCUGAGAGGAAAAAAAAGUAUAAUUUUGAGCAUUCAGAAGGCAACCAGACAUGUCUUUGGAUGACAUUAAGAUGAAAUCCAGUGACUUCCUGAAGAAGGAAGAUCUGGACAGCGGAGGUUUUGGGAAGGUGUCCUUGUGUAUCCACAGAACCCAUGGACUAGUGAUAAUGAAAAAGGUGUACACAGGGCCCAAGCGCACUGAGUACAAUGAGUCCCUUCUUGAGGAGGGCAAGAUGAUGAACAGACUGAGGCAUAGUCGGGUGGUGAAGCUCCUGGGCAUCAUCAUUGAAGAAGGAAACUACUGCCUGGUCAUGGAGUUUAUGGAGAAGGGCAACCUGAUGAGUGUUCUGAAAUCUGAGAUCAGUAUCCCACUUUCUGUAAAAGGAAGGAUAAUUGUGGAGACCAUUGAAGGAAUGUGCUACUUACAUGGAGAAGGUGUGAUACACAAGGACCUGAAGCCUGAAAACAUCCUGGUUGAUAGUGACUUCCACAUUAAGAUAGCAGAUCUUGGUGCUGCUUCUUUUAAGACGUGGAGCAGACUGACAAAAGAGGAGCACAAUGAGCAGAAGAAAGUGAACAGCACCUGUAAGAAAAAUGGAGGCACCCUCUUCUACAUGGCCCCGGAGCACCUGAAUGACAUCAAUGCAAAGCCCACAGAGAAGUCUGACGUGUACAGCUUUGCCAUAGUGCUUUGGGCAAUAUUUGCAAAUAAGGAGCCAUAUGAAAAUGCUCUCUGUGAGCAGCAGCUGAUUGUGUGCAUCCAGAAGGGGAACAGGCCAGACAUAAGGGACAUCAAGCACUGCCCACAGAAGGUCAUCGGACUCAUGGAGCUCUGCUGGGAAGCAAAUCCGGAAGCUCGGCCGACAUUUCCUGGCAUUGAAGAAAUAUUUAAGCCUUUUUAUUUAAGUCAAUUACAAGAAAAGGUAGAAGAGGAUGUGAAGAGUUUAAAGAAAGAGUAUCCGGACCGAAAUGAAGUUGUGAAGAGAAUGGAGUCUCUCCAACUUGAUUGUGUGGCACUACCUCCAAGCAGGUCAAAUUCAGCCACAGAGCAACCCGGUUCCCUGCACAGUUCCCAGGGACUCGAGGUGGGUCCUGUGGAAGAGUCCUGGUUUGCUUCUUCCCUGGAGCACCAGCAAGAAGAGACCGUCCCCAGCCUGCAGAGUAAACUCCAGGAGGAAGCCAACUAUCAUCUUUAUGGCAGUCGCAUGGACAGGCAGACGAAACAGCAGCCGAAACCAAAUGUGCCUUACAACAGAGAGGAGGAAAAGAGACGAAGGGUCUCCCAUGACCCUUUUGCACGGCAAAGAUCUUAUGAGAAUGUUCAGAAUGCAGGGGUAAAAGGCCUUGCUUACUCCAGUGCACCCAGUCAUGGUAAUGCAAUGCACCAGGCAUCGGGGCUAACCAGCCAGCCCCAAGUACCAUACUGGAACAAUGGAUUAUAUAAUCUACAUGGUUUUGGAACAAGACCAUUGGAUCCAGGAACAGUAGGUCCAAGAUCUUGGUAUGGGCCAAAUUUAAACCAUAUAUCUGGUCUAUACAAGACUCCAGUGCCUGAGACCAACCUGCUAGGAAACACACCCACCAUUCCAGUCACCUCCCUGCUGCCAACAGAUGAGUCUAUAAAAUACACCGUAUUGAAUAGUACUGGCGUUCAGUUUGGAGCCUACAAUUAUAUGGAGAUUGGUGGAGUGGGUUCAUCACUAUCAGACAGCAUGAACUUGAAAGAGGAGCCACCUUCUAAGUACCAACGUAUCUUUGAGAAUACCACUACUCUGACUGAUAAACACCUGGAACCAGUCAGGGAAAAUCUGGGAAAGCAAUGGAAAAACUGUGCCCGUAAACUGGGCCUCACUCAAUCUCAGAUCGAUGAAAUUGACCAUGACUAUGAGCGAGAUGGACUAAAAGAGAAGGUUUACCAGAUGCUCCAAAAGUGGCUGAUGAGGGAAGGCAGCAGGGGGGCCACAGUGGGAAAGCUGGCUUACGCACUUUUCCUAUGUAAUAGAACAGACAUUCUGAGCCAGUUGAUCUGUGUGAGCCAGAACUAAUGCUGGAGUGGCAUGGGCAGCAGAAGCAGACCCCUCAUUUGGAGAAUUACCCGUGGCCAAUUUGCACUGCCUCAGAGAAUUCAGAACUCUGUCCUCACUGAAAUGGUCCUCUGUUUGCAUAAAUACUUUCUGCGUGUCAUAGCUGGAGAAAGAAAUCUGCAUCAAACAAUCCAGUUUUAGGAAAAUACGAACCUCUUCAUGUCCCAGCACUAAUCAGAAGACCUUAAUUGGGUUUAAAUGAGUAGGAAGGUUAUUUUCUUUCAGCUCAGCCCGUAACCUACAAUUGUGCUAAUCAUUCAGUUUCCUAGAGUUUUAUUUACGCAAGAAAAAAAAAUUCAGAGUACAUAAAAUGAAUCGAGUUUCUUAUUAUGUGCUCUUUUUUCUACACAGGCUCCUGCUACAACCAAAGUACUGUAAAAUUCUAAGUCUUGUGCAGAAUUUUUUGAUAUUAUAACUGCAGUUCUUUAGGUUCUCAAUGUCAGUAUAAAGUGCUAUGUCAUUCACUACAGGCUUUAAGAAUUACAUGCAGUCUCCACUCUAUUGUUAUAAAUUAAUUUUUUAAUUAAUUGAUUUACAUUUAGUUAAUUUGUAAAUUAACUAAAGGGAUUUUAAGGGAUACUAAGGAGGGAGGAAGAUGGGGAACCAUCUGAAUUUUUCAGGCAGUUGUUGUAAGGAAUUGCUACUAAUAGUGACUACUACAAAAAUUCUUGAUUGAUUUUUUUAAAGUACUUUCCUAGCAUUCUGAUGCUUUCACUUAGUCUGGGUAUGCUGAAGAGGGAACAGGUAUGCAGGAAAUGUUAAUCUCUAAAUGUCUGGGGAUGACUAGAGCCUUGGGGAUGAUCGCUGUUGAGCUGCUUCCUCAGUUUAUCCCAGUGUACUACAGUAACAUUUUUACUUUUUUCUGUGUGCCAUAAAGUCAAAAACAUGGCCUCUGAAUCUUCAGCAUUUAAUCUUGCAAAGCCAACCCAAAACCUGGGGGUUGAUGAAGGAACUAGAAGAGUAGAAGACUAAAGCCAGGUGGGCCAUCUGAUGUCUCUGCUGGCACUUUACUAAACAGAAAGGGAAUGGGCUGGGCAUAGUGGUUCAUGCCUGUUAAUCCUAACACUCUGGGAAACGAAGGUUUUGCUGUAUCCAAACAAACUCCUUGCUUGAGCUCAGGAGUUUGAAACCAGCCUGCGAGAGUGAGACUCCAUUUCUACCUACAAUAGAAAAACUAGCCAGGCAUUGUGGUGGGCUCCUAUAAAUCCCAGCUACUCAGAGACUGAGUCAGGAGGAUCACUUAAGCCCAAGAGUUUGAGGUUGCUAUGAGCUAUGAUUCUGUGGCACUCUACCAAGGGCAACAAAGAGACCCUGUCUCAAGAAAAGGAAUGGCUGUGUGCUUAGCUCCCUGAAGACAGGGCAAGAAGGAUGCAGUCACAGUCUGGCUGUCAGCAUGAACUCUGAUGUCUUGGGUUGAUAACAAUAUUGUUGGUUUUGACUCUGAAUCCUCUGAAAUCCAGUGGACACACACCCCUAAGGGAAAUUGCAAAGGAAUCUUUCUCAGCACUACUGGCACUUUAAGCCAGGUAAUUCUUCCUUGUGGGGCUGUCUGCACCUUAAGAUAUCUAAUGGCCUCUACCCAUUAGAUGUCAGUACUGUUCUCUUCCUCCCUCUCCUAAUUGUGACAAAAAUGUCUGUAGACAAGUGUUUUUUAACCUUUUUUUUAUCUCAUAGCACAUUUGAACCUACAGUUUAUCUUCUGUGGCAUACUUAGGUUUAAGAGUAAAGAAAAGAACCUUGGACACAUUACUUAACCUCUCUGUGCUUCAGUCUCCCUGUCUUGUACAGUGGGAAUAAAACCUACCUCACAGGGUUGUUGUGGGGAUUAAUUGAGAUAAUGUCUGUAAAGUAUUUAAGGUUCUUGAAGAAGGAGCUAUAUAAAUACAAAAUAAUAUUGCUGGGGAAAAUAAUAAUUUUCCAUAAAUAAACCAACUAUUGAAGAUGGUUUAUUUGUGGAGAAAAAAAAGAAUAUACUUACUGGGCUUUGAACAUCUUUCAAUAAUUUAAUUAAUGAUUCUUAAACAUUUUCACGGGACACCCAUUGAAAAUCACUGCUCUGUACACUAUCAUGUGUUCCUUGAAAAGGCAAAUUAUCCUGGUGGAGAAGGGUACUACUGUAAAGUAACGAUCCUCAGUUCUACCUGCAUAUAUCCAGGCUAACUACUUAGCUGUCAUACAGCGUUAGGUCAUGCAGACUGAAAGGGGAAUUGGAGGGGGAAAGGGUCCAGCUUUCACCAGAGGAGCCUGGGUACUUUCUUUUCUAAAUGUGUCUCUUGUACCACCAUCCCAAUAGUGUUCUAACGUCUCUUAAUCUCCAAAGAGAUUAAAUGAUCAAUGUUAAGAGAUGAGAAUGCACUUUUGUAAAUAAACUUACAAUAAAAUUGUUUAUUUCAAC